AUGUCCCUUGCGGGACUGACGAAACCAUGUCCGCCAGGGUUCAGUGAUCAUAUUUACGAUACAAAGCAUGGAGUGGAAUUACCAUUACGUAUUUGGCCAGCGACUAGCUCGUUGGCAAUUGGGAAAGCAAAACCUUGGUUGAUGUGGAUCCAUGGGGGUGGUUGUAUAGUAGGGAAACAUUGGGUUCCGAACGCUUGGAUUGUUCCCGCAUUUCUGUCACACAAUUAUCACGUUGUCUCCAUCGCUUAUCGUCUCUCACCUCAAGUAACUCCCUUUGAUCAGUUUGAUGACUGUACCUCUGCUUUCGCUUGGUGUCUCACUCACCUUCCCGACAUCCUCGCCGGCCACUUCUUUCAACCUCGUCCUCGAGCCGUUCUGGACGUUUUCGGGUUGGUGGAUUUGACGGACCCGUUCUACCAUGAACCAAAAUCUUGUCCCGAUCCGACUCAACCGCUACGCUUCUUAUGUCGUUGGCCAGAAGGUUCCUUGGAAGCAAUGUUCAAAAAUCAUGAUCCUUCUCAUGCGGAAGUAUGUUGUCCUUAUACUUCAGAGCUUGAACCUAUCAUGACAUUUGGAAAACGACGGGAAGUUUGGGGAGUGGAGUAUAUCACAAGUGAGAAAGAUUACAAACGAAUGGAUCUGUUCAAGCACUUCAUCACCAACCACGAGAUAUUUCCGCUUUUGUUUCGGAAGGAGAGUUUCGGUACCCAGGAGGCUUAUGAGGUGGCAUUGAAAGGAUUCUCGGGGUUACAUUUAUUGGAGCAUGGAAAGGAAUAUCCGCCCACUGUUUCUCGUCCCGGUCGAACAGGCUACCGUUUCGUCAAAAAGCUACGAGAAUUAGGGGCUGAAGUAGAAGCAUUGUUUUGUGAGGGAGGAGAACACUCCUUUGAGAACACGAUUGAGGGACCGGAAUCUGAAGGUCGGGAUGAGUAUGUGGUGCCAUGUAUGGCGUUCCUCAAUAAUCAUGUCAAGAGUGCCGUGACGGAGUGA